AUACAGACGCUGCAAACGUCAACUGUCACGAAACACAGUGCUGAGUUUUGGUUGUGUUUCGUUUUGUUUAUUUUGAAAAAUGAAUUCGUCAAACCACAAAACUGUUUUUGUUCUCGACCAUACCCAAUAUUUCGGAAUAUCCGGCGAGGAUUACCUUGACUUAGAUUUCGGCAAAAAUAAAGGCAAUGCCAUUCCUCUGCCGCCGAUCAGCAAAAGUCUGUGGACUUGUUCCGUUGAAUCGUCGGCAGAAUACUGCCGCAUCGUUUGGGACUUAUUUCCGGCCGGUAAACUAAUCCGUUUCGUAGUGAGCGACUCAAAUGCACAUAUCGUCAAUACAUGGGCGCCCGGAACACAAAAUUUGACUCACGUCUUGAAUGCAAUGGCAAUGGUUGGUAUACCUCCUAGAAUACCGCCACAGUCCAGCGACUACUCAGUUAUCCAUGGCCUGAGAGCAGCUGUCGAAGCAAUAUCCGAACCGACCGAACAACAGAAAGAACUUUUGCUGCAAGGGAAACUGAAUUCGAAAAUGUUCACCAACAAGGGACGUGUUAUAUGUAUCACAUCAGCUAGAGACGAUGCCAGCAUGAAGUCACUGGAAGAUAUUUUUCACACCGUCAUUGUACAACAAAAUGCUCUAUCUGCCGCACACAAGGAACUGAUGCCGAUCGACCACUGUCACCUCGUCAUUAUCAAUUUGUAUCCGUCCAAUAUGGAAUCGAUGGUAAACGAUCGGGGACAGCAAGAGAUAUCGCCGCUACUAUCAACGGAAAUCCAUUCAGUGAAGGCAUCUGACAUAUCAAACAAAUUAACCCAUCUGAUAUUACCGCAUUACGACCUGGCCAGUACGACUGUGACCGGAAUCCCAAUGAAAGAGGAACAAAAUGCAAGUUCCAGUGCCAAUUAUGACGUUGAAAUAUUCCAUUCAAGCAAUGCCCAUUCGGUGAUAUUGGGAACAGAACUUCUGUUACCCACUAGCUUGAAGGAAGGAUCGAAAUACGAGACGGUGACAUUGAAGUGGUGCACACCGCGAGGAUUGGGUGCAUCAGACAUGCAACCGUGUCUAGCCCAACAUCGAGUAACACCCGUUGACGUCACAUCCCGUCCGAGUUCGUGUCUCAUCAAUUUCUUGCUAAAUGGACGAUCCGUUUUACUGGAAAUGCCACGCAAAUCUGGUGGGAAGCUUACCAGUCACUUGCUAUCGGCCCACGGUGGCGAAAUAUUCAUCCAUACAUUGCAUAUUGCGCGCAGUUGUCUCGAAGACCCGCCGUCAAUAUUGGAAGGUGGUGGCGGAAAAGUGACCGACUAUCGCAUCACUGAUUUUGGUGCGUUGAUACAAAAUCAUCGCCUGUUUCCGCUCAAAGUUGGAGGCGAACGACCGCCGGAUGAAAAUUUGGGAAAGGUCCGGUCAAGGUUACAUAAACACACCAAAUACUGGCCUUUGACGUUGGGAACGACCGUUUUGUACAAUGUGCGACAGUUCAUUGAUCCGAUCUUAAAUGUAACCAACAAGGAUGUGUUGACAGAAGAAGAAGUUGUACAGUGUCAGCAAGUCAUUUACAGUAUCGUCGCGUUGGAAGCUAGACAUGAACCAUUAGCGUUGCCAAUAGGUCAUCGACUGAAAGGAAAUAAGAAAGAGGAACAGUACCGGUUGCUGUGGGCUGAAUUGGAGACGUUAUUAAUUGCUAGUAGCAAGUCGCCUGGCCACAUGACUAUACUGCAAUGCAUUCGAGACUGCCGAUCAAGAGGUGUUGACCAAUCGGCGGACAAAGUAGAACUGGACCAAGCUUUGAGAGAACUGGAGUCGUUGGGCGACUCAUCAAAGCGACUCAGUGUUAUCAAAGCGACAACAGAUUCGCCAAUGUCACCACCAUUAUCGGGCGAUUCAACAGUUAUGGCCAAAAUGAAAAACCCUUUCGGUGGAACGGGCAAUCGAAGCCUAUUGGAUAUAUUUACAGCAGCUGAACGGGCACAAAGUCAAAAACGAAUCGAUUUUGCCGGUCGACUGUGUACACCAAUUAAUCAAAUCGCCAAACUUUAUCCGAACCUUGGCGUCAAAGAGAAUGUGCCUAGAGAAACUGAUGUGAAGUGAUCAUCAGCUUUAUUUGCGAAUAAAAUGCCAGAAAAAUGUGAA